UUUAUGUGCAAUUCCCGUUAUUCUUUGUGGUGAUUUUUUCCCAAAUAUGAAACCUGCGUAUGGCUUCAGGGGCAGAGAAGUGCUCUGCAGUAGGCUUGAGCUGGAUGUGUCUCACCCGUGUUGUGUUGUGUUGUGUUCUCCUCUCCUGGCUCUGUGACCCUGUGUGCUGCUGGUUUGGCUGCGGUGUGAAGCGGGUGGCAUGCGUGGCUUUGCGAUGAGCGGGCAGCAGUUUCCUCAGUUCUUCACUGCGGGCUCCAGAGCGUCUCUGCUGGGUCCCAUGCCGAUGGGAGUCGCCAUUAAAACCCCACACAUGGGAUUCCCGCGGCACUUCACGCCACACACGCGCUAUUUCACCAGUGAGUUUCAGGCUCGUCAGCCGGACAGAAAGAGGGAAAACGAGCAGAAAUCUGCGGGCAGCAGCGACAGCCAAUCAGAAGCCAGCAGCAGCAGAGCAGAUGAAGCAUCCGCUGCAGUCGAUCCGGGAUGUCAGGAGUCUUCAGAGCAGCCUGAUGAACCAGCGGCCAAAAAACACAAAACACACGAGUCAGAAGAGCCUGUGGAGACAGAAUCAGCUCAAAGCGAUGAAUAUAAGAGCCCGGAUCCUGCAGAGCUCACUCUGCAGGAGGAUGAGCCGCUGGCCGCUGAAGCAGACGAACCGAGUCAAGCGGCCGAGCAGGUUGAAAGCACUGAAGCUCCAGAUGAAGGCAUCAGAGAGGGUCCAGACGCCGCCGCCGCAGGCUCUGAUUCGGUCCCUGAGAUCAAGGAGACCGCAGACACUCCUGAGGAGCUCAGAGACGCAGCGGCAGAGACCUCCAACAAGUUCUUCUGCUAUAUUUGCAACAUCACUUGCCAUAACCAGCAAAGUUUCCAGAGCCAUAUGAACGGACUGACGCACCAGCAGAAGAUGAUGGAGAUCCAGCACAUGAGCAACGCGUGUCUCGUCACGCUGCUGCCGCGAGUCCAGGAGUCCCUGCAAGGAGCUCGCAGAGACGGUGAGAAGAGGCCGGGUCUGCAGAGAUGGUGCUCCACCUGCCAGACGCACUUCACCACCAACGUCAUGGAGCAUCGCAGAACCAAGGAGCACAAGCGCUGCAGUCGCUCGUCCAGCUCGAGCUGCACCGUCUGUAAGCUGCACUUCAGGACCCCCAGAGAGUUCGUGGAGCACAUGCAGUCUCCGGAGCACAAGCAGCGAGUCCAGCAGCUGUGGAAGGAGGCGGGUGAAGCUGGUGUGGAUCAGCUCAACGCUGACAUGUUUCUGGGUGAAGAGGACGGCGAAUGCAGCGACGACGAGAGAGAGGAAGAGGAGAACGGGAAGGAGGGUGUGGCUGCGCAGAUGGAGGUCACACUGGAGGAUCUGAGCGAAGACGAGGAGUUCGACUCUGACACUGUGUACGGCUCGAGUUUCGUGGUGCCCGUCGCAGGCUUCAUCUGUCGUCUCUGUGAUCAGUUCUAUCACUUUGAGUCUUCGGCUCGACACACACACUGCAAGACGCUCACACACUUCCAGAAGCUCAAGCAUUAUAAAGCCUUAAAGACACACGAAGAGUCCGGCUCAACCUCAGGAGAAGCAGCAGACCACAUCAGUCCAGAACCAGCCCCGCAGACCCUACAGUCCUGCAGCAGCAGCAGACAGGAAGUGGAGACGCUCGCACAGGAAGAAGCCGUCGCCAGAGAGCCGGAGGACGAGGGGAAGUCUGUCGGGGGCCGGGGCCGGACUCCUGCUAAGAGACGAGGACGAGGAGGAAGACGACGCUGAGACACACACACAGAGAGCUGUAUCAGCCUCAGAGGACCCUAGUGAAACCACCCUCCGUAGACCGUGUGUGU